AGCAAUCGAACGUGAUUGGCUCUUACUUUUAGAACCAACAAAUCAACGUCGAGUGUUGACAAGACAAUAACUGAGCGCUUUCUCUGCCGAACGCGGUCUUUGUUUCGGAUCGGAUUCUUCCAUAGAUCUUAGAUCUUAUGGAUUCUUUGCAUAUUUGUAAUUCUUAUGGUGAAUGACUAAUAAGAUUCAAGAUUAUAACAUAAAUAAGUGCACGUGGGACACCGUCGAAAGUCAUGAAGAAUUUAGCGGUUUAUCAGCUACGACGCCGGAAUAUCGAAUUUAUGAAAGAAAUCGUUGUAAAAAACGAUAAUGAACCUUUGCAAAGUGUACAUUGUGCGAUCGAUCCAAAUGAUCUCAGUGUGUACAUUCUAUUUGACAAUCGGAUCUAUAUAAUACCAAUUGAGGAUAACAGUGAUAUUACCAAUAUAAAUUUUGACGGAUAUGAAAACUCCAAGGUUGUUGGAUUUGAGUAUUGCGUUACAAUGCAGGAGUUGUAUUGCGCGUAUGAAUGUGGUGCUAUCGCCAGAUUGGAUAUAUUAGAUCAAACCAAUUUUAGACAAGAGAUAACUACAUUUAGUAAUGGCCUAAAGUGUAUGAAACUUAGUCCAGAUAAUGAGCUCAUUACGGCUGUAACAUGUACAGGAACUGUGAUCACUAUGGUGUCUGAUUUUCAAGUAAUAUCAGAGGUGGAUUUAUACUCGGAAGAUUUUGGAGAGAAACAAUUUGUUACUGUUGGUUGGGGCAAAAAAGAGACUCAGUUUCAUGGUUCGGCAGGGAAAACAGCAGCUAAAGCUAAACCAGAGGAACUGAAUGCAAAUGAACUCGACGAUGGUCGUCCUCGAAUCACUUGGCGUGGGGAUGGUGCUCUAUUUGCUGUCAGUUUUCUGCAUAUUUUAACGAAAAUUCGACAGUUUAAAGUAUUCGAUCGAGAGGGUACUUUAUGCUAUACUAGUGAACCAACUAACGGAUUAGAAGAAUGUUUGGCUUGGCGGCCAUUGGGAAAUUUAAUUGCCACAACCCAAAGAUUGGCCAAUAAACAUGUGGUUGCACUCUUUGAAAAAAAUGGCCUCAAAUAUACAGAUUUUCCACUUCCAUUUGCACCGAAAGAAGUAACGGUGAAAGAUUUACUUUGGUCACCAAAUUCAGACGUCUUAGCUGUCAUUUGCGAACAGUCGGGAAUGUUCAAUACAAUACUGCAAUUAUGGACAGAGAAUAAUUGUCACUGGUAUCUCAAACAAACCAUUGUUUUUUCUACAGACAAUCCACUGAUAUACGCAACAUGGAGCACUACAGGAAGAUAUGAUCAAAAAGAAUUGAUUCUUCUAACAUCAAAUGAACUUAUGUUUUGUUCUUUUAAUUGGUGCGUGAAUCAUAGUCGAGGCAAAACUAUAGACGACAAUACCGUGAUUGCCGUUAUUGAUGGAAACAAAACGCUAGUUACUGGUUUUAGAAACGGAAUCGUUCCACCGCCAAUGUCCCAUCAAUCUUUACAGAUUCAAGAACCAGUUAAUGCUAUUGCCUUUGCACCAAAUAUCAAUGAUAAAACAACUUUGAUAAACAGUAAUAUGUUCUGCACCAUAUCGUGCGAUAACAGUUUGACGUUUUUCAAGCAAAUAACGGAUUCUUCAUCAGAAUACGAAGCUUUACAGUCAUACAAUAUUGAUUGUUCAAUUUUAGACAUAACAGGAAUUGAUAAAUGUAUUUAUACUAUGCAUCAUUUCUUAUGGCUUGCAGAAGAUAUUAUGUUGUUUUCUAUAACUAUGGAUGAACAUAAUCUCUUGUGUGUUUUGUCUCUAGACAAAAUACAUUCUAUAAAAAACAGUAUUUUGCCGAUACGGAAAUUUUAUGCUGUAGAUAAUUCGAUAGAAUAUAUACUUCCUUCUCUCGAUGCAAAUACGGCUUACAUAAUAGUAAAUCGGGCUAUAUUCAAAUAUACCAAAGAUGCAGAAGAACUUGAUCCGACAGAUAUACUCUUAAGAGAGCUAUGCUAUCAAGUGGAAGUUAUAAAAAUUGAUUCAAAAGACGUUAUCAUUGCUUUGUCUUGCACAAAUUGUUUCUCAAUUGAUGGAAAGGAAAUCGCUAAGAACAUUACGAGUUUCUAUGUACAUUCCGAUUUUUUGCUUCUUACAACACAGCAACAUACGUUGAUUUGUGUUCCAUUAAACGAGAGCGGUAUGGAGCAGCUAAGAAAACACGAUUUAACUGUCAGACCUUGGGAAAAUGGCAAUAACGAGAUAUCAUUUACAAAUAUUUAUAUCAGACGACUGGAGAAAGAUUCUUAUAUAAUAUCAGCGAUAUCUCAAGACUCUAAGACAAUUUUGCAGAUGCCUAGAGGAAAUUUAGAAUGUAUAGAACCAAGGGCAUUAUCGUUGCAUAUAUUAAAAUCUCAUCUCGAUAACUGUAGUUAUCGGAUAGCGUUUGACAUAAUGAAGAAACAACGUAUAAAUUUGAAUCUAAUAUACGAUCACGAUCCGAAACUAUUUAUGGAUAACGCAGAAAAGUUUGUAGAAGAAAUCGCGAAACCAGAUUGGUUAAGUUUAUUUCUUUCAGAGUUGCAAAAUGAAGACGUCACUAGCACGAUGUACGCGAAUUGUUAUCCGAACCGUUCUGUACGCUCGGUCGCGAUAACGGGAAAUAACGAAAUCAAAAUUAACAAGGUAAAUGAGAUUUGUAAAUUAUUGAGAGAUAUUAUGGAAAGACGACAUAACGCGGCUAACCUGACACAACCGAUAUUGGUGAGCUUAGUGAAAAAUCAUGAAAAGCAAGGUUUAGAAAAAGCACUUAGUAAAGUAAAACAAGUCAAGAUACUGGAGGAUUUACAAAAGUCAACGCAAUCUCCUUCUCCCACAUCUGCCGAAGAUGCGCUGAAAUAUUUGCUACAUUUUGUCAACAUCGAUAUUUUAUAUGAUACCGCAUUAGGCAUGUAUGAUUUCGAACUGACAAUGUUUGUAGCCUCUAAAUCGUCAAAAGAUCCCAAGGAAUAUAUUCCAUUCUUAAAUAGUUUGAAAAAACUAAAUGAAGAUUACAUGAAGUAUUCCAUUGAUAUGCAUCUUAAACGUUAUCAAUCGGCGCUCGAACAUAUAUCCAGAGACUCGACUAAAUUUGAAGAAUGUUUUAAUUUAAUACAUAAUCAGAAAUUAUAUUCAAGGGCAAUGAAAUUAUUUAAGAAAGAUAGUACGCAGUAUAAAAAGAUUGCUCGAGCUUAUGGAGAAUUUUUAUUAAGCAAAACAAAAUAUCAAGAAGCCGGUAUAAUGUUUUAUAGAAGUGGCGAUCUCGAUAGAGCUUUAAAAGCGUUUAGCACAUUAAGUGAAAAUUGGCAGGAUGCAAUCGCGGUAUCGAGAGAAAUGAAAUUAAGUUCUACAGAUUUACACGAACUUUAUGAACUGCUGGUAAAACGUUUAAGAGCAGAGCGAAAUUACGAGGAUGCAGCUACAAUACUAAAAGAUUAUCUAAACGACGCUGAAGAAGCUGUUGCAUUAUUGUGUGAGGGAAGAAUUUGGAAACGUGCCAUAAGAAUAACACACGAUGUUCAACGUCUAGAUCUGUGUGAGACACAUAUUAAACCUGGAGUAACAGAACAUGCAGAACAUGUAAUGUUGCAAUUGAGUAAAUUUAAGGAAGAUUUUCUCAGGCAUAAGUCACGCCUUGCAUUAGUAAGAGCAGAGAUAAGCGCAAGACAAACGCGGCCGUUUAACGAAUCGAUCUGUCAUGACGAACCGGUAUUCGGCAAAGAAAUUAUGGACUCCCUUAGCGAAACAAGUAGCAUCGCGGAUUCUGUUUCAAGUAAAAAAUCGCGAACAUCUACAGCUUCCAGGAGAAGCUAUCGAUCAAGUAAAAAUCGUAGGAAGCAAGAGAGGAAACUUUUAAGUUUAAAGGAGGGCAGUACGUUUGAAGAUUUAGGCUUAAUACAUGUCCUUUACCAGAUUAUUACUACUGUGUAUAAAAAUAGAGAUGAAUGGUUUCGACUUGUUCAGGCGUUGAUACGCUUCGAAUUCGAUGAAUGCGCGGAAAAACUCUAUAUCGAAAUAAAUAAUUUCUUCGAAUUGGUAGAAAAUAGUAAAUCAGAAAUUUGGGACAAAUCAGCCCCGACGAGUUUAGCCGAGGUGGAAAAAAUGACAAUUUAUACACCUGCACAAAUUCAAGAAAUUACUGCACCUAUUAAAUUAGUAGAACGAUAUAUAACGCAUCCACCUGAAACUGAUACAACAUCCUGUGUUCUAAGUAUUUUUUAAAAAUUUUUCAAAAAUAAGUUUAAACACUCUCCUAUUCUCA